GUUCGGAUGGAAAUAAAAUAUAUAUAUGUAAAAUAAAUUCAAAAAAUUCCUAAAAAUUUGGUCUAAAAUAAAAGGGAGUUUUCUAACUUUUUUUCCCGGAGAAUUAUGAAGGCACGCAUUUCCCCGAUUUUGAGGCAAAUUUUCACUAGGAAUGGCAAUUCGUCGAUCGCCCCUAACGAAUGCCCAUACAAAAUGUCAGGAUUGGUCAAACAGAAUCCUACCCCGAAAGGCGAAACUUUUUCGCCGGAAGUACCCGCCGAUACCUUUAAUUCUCUGAAACAGGAUCCCCAGCCAAAUAUCAUUCCUGUCGAGAAAGUGUCUAUGGGCAACGCGAUUGGAAUCAGCCCUAAAAUGAUACCGGAAGAGUUCAAACCAAAAUCAUCAAACGAUGACCGUAUGAAGAUUUCUUCCCCAAAAUCGUUUCACGAAAUGCCUGGACCUAGAGGUUUGCCAAUCAUUGGAACUUUACUAAAUUACACUUCCAAAAAUUCCCCUUACAGCUUAAAUCACAUGUUUUUGUCUCAAGUAGAUAGAUCCAUAGAGUACGGUCCGAUUUACAAGGAAAAAAUAGGGCCCAACUCCUCAGUCUACAUCACCGACGCUAGGUUAUACGAGAAGGUUAUCAGGGUAGAAGGGCCAACACCGCACCGGAAGCAGCUGGAUCCUAUGCUAUACUACAGGAAGCAACGGAAACUCGCUAUAGGCAUGACGAACGCUCAGGGUGAAGAAUGGAAAAGCAACCGUUUGAUCCUCGGGAAAAAGAUGCAGAAACCGAAAGAGGUAGAAAAUUAUAUACCUUGGAUGUCCGGCGUUGCCGAUGAUUUAUUGAAGCGUAUCGCCAUUAUUUCCGAUAAAAGCCACAUAGCUCACGGUAUCGAGUUAGAGAUAUGCAAAUGGUCCCUAGAAUCACUUUGCACUUUCAUAUACGAAGAUAGAAUCGGGUGUCUAGACACUCCUCCUAACCCUCAAGCCAAGCUAUUCGUCGAAAGUGUCGUAGGUUAUUUUAGGAGCAUGCAUCCCCUGAUAUUCGGAGCUCCUUUCUACAAAUACUUUUCUACGCCCCAUUGGAAAAAGCAUAUAGCCCAUGCGGACAAUAUGGUAGCCAUGGGGAAAUAUUUCGUGAAUAAGUUUAAGAAAAAGUUUGAGAGCGCAUCCAAUUCCUCGCUUCUCGCCUAUUUGAUAAAUCAUCCCACCUUGGAAAAGAACGAGAUUAACUUAACCAUUAUAGAUAUGAUGAUGGGAUCCAUAGAAACGACGACAAAUACGAUGCUCUGGUUGCUGUACGCCUUAUCCAAAAAUCCUAAGCAGCAAAAUAUACUUUACGAAGAGAUCCUAAGAGUUUGUCCCGAACUAUGA